GAGCUAUGCCGUCAGCGCAUGGCAGUAAAAACAUCUGAUCGCCCGGAACCCCUGCAUGCUUCUCGAAUAAAUAGCGUUUCUUCGCAAUUUAGCGAUGGUCCCAUUCCCAGCCCCUCGGCACGGAGCAGCACGUCGUCCUGGUGUGAAGAGCCAGUCCAGUCCAAUAUGGACAUCUCCACCGGUCACAUGAUCUUGUCCUACAUGGAAGAUCAUCUGAAAAACAAGAACCGUCUGGAGAAGGAAUGGGAAGCUCUAUGUGCUUAUCAGGCAGAACCCAAUGCUACCACUGUUGCACAGCAGGAGGAAAAUAUGCAGAAGAAUCGCUCACGGGCUGUAAUACCAUAUGAUCAUUCCAGGAUAUGUUUGAAAGGUGAAAAUAGCCACGACAAUUCAGACUACAUCAAUGCUAGCCCAAUUAUGGACCAUGACCCCCGAAACCCUGCAUACAUUGCCACCCAGGGUCCUCUCCCUGCUACUGUUGCUGACUUCUGGCAGAUGGUCUGGGAGAACGGCUGUGUCGUUAUUGUCAUGCUGACACCCCUCACAGAAAACGGAGUCAAACAGUGCUACCACUAUUGGCCAGAUGAAGGGUCAAACCUCUACCACAUCUAUGAGGUAAACCUUGUCUCUGAGCACAUCUGGUGCGAGGAUUUCCUCGUGAGGAGUUUCUACCUGAAGAACCUGCAGACGAACGAGACCCGCACAGUGACACAAUUCCACUUCCUCAGCUGGAACGAUCAGAGGGUUCCUGCUUCCACAAGAUCGCUUCUGGAUUUCCGCAGAAAAGUAAACAAGUGCUACAGGGGUCGCUCUUGUCCAGUAGUUGUUCAUUGCAGCGAUGGUGCGGGAAGAAGUGGAACCUACAUUCUAAUUGACAUGGUUCUCAAUAAAAUGGCCAAAGGUGCUAAAGAGAUUGAUAUUGCUGCUACCCUGGAGCACUUGAGGGACCAGAGACCAGGCAUGGUCCAGACAAAGGAGCAGUUUGAGUUUGCUUUGACAGCGGUUGCAGAGGAAGUGAAUGCAAUACUCAAGGCACUUCCCCAGUGAGAGGCUCAGUCUCCCGAAGGUUCCCGCAGGAUCUGUCCCUUGUUUUCCUCAUCCUCAGUCCCUGUGAAUGUUCUUGGAAACCGUGACCUGACCUUAACUGUGUAUCUUCUGUUGUAACCACGUAGUGAUAGGGUCCUUACAAGCUCCUUUAGCUGGUAAAAGUUCAACAGUUAAAGUGUGUAUUCUGUUUUUUGGGGUUUUAAACAAAUUUUUUAAAGUACAUUGAAGCCUCGGAUUAAGUGACAGAACAAUCCAUCUAAUGCCUUUCACAUCCUCAAAGCCCUGAAUGUCACACUUUGAAAGCACACAUUCAUGUUCUUAAUAGCAAAUAUACAGUAUUGUGGGUAAUUAGUGCAGUCAAUAUAGUCUCAGAAAACAGUGUUCUGCUAUAUUUUGUAACUUCUCAAAGGCUGAAGAAGAGGGAGGGGCCUGAAGAGGAUGGUGGUUGUUCCUGUACAAUGCCCAGCUAGAGCAUGAAGCAGUGCUGAGGGUGUGAGUAAACACAGGUCUAGGCUCUGGCAAAGAGAGCCUGCACCUUCUCAUGCUGGGCUUUGGCAAGCAAAUGUUUUCUUAACUGUUGUUUACUUUUCAGCUUUGUGCCACGAGUGGAAGAAAAUCUGAACUCGAAGUACUAAAUAGGGCUGCACAGUUGUUGCAACUGGGGAGAACAAGUUGGUCAUGUAAAUGAGAAACUGGAGGAUAAUGAGCACAA